AUGAGGAGUCUGGCGCUGCUGUUAGGGGUGAAAGCCGCUUGCAUCCUCUUGGUGUCUUCGCUCUCGGGCACAGGGGCAGUCAACAACAGCGGCCGGUGGUGGGGUAUUGUCAAUGUGGCUUCCUCGUCCAACCUCCUCACCAAUUCCAAGAACGUGCAGUUGGUCCUGGACCCAAGCCUGGCCCUUCUGAGCCGUCGCCAGCGCCGGCUGAUUCGGCAGAAUCCUGGCAUCUUGCAUGCCAUCGCCGCUGGACUGCACACUGCCAUAAAGGAGUGCAAGUGGCAGUUCCGCAACCGCCGCUGGAACUGCCCGACCACCCACAGUCCAGCAGUUUUUGGCAAAAUUGUCAAUCGUGGUUGCCGAGAGACCGCAUUUGUAUUUGCCAUUACCAGCGCAGGAGUGACCCACGCUGUGGCUCGUUCCUGCUCAGAGGGGGCCAUUGAGACGUGCACAUGCGAUUAUCGCCGCCGAGGUCCUGGAGGACCAGACUGGCACUGGGGGGGCUGCAGUGACAAUGUGGAUUUUGGCCGGAUGUUCAGCCGUGAGUUUGUGGACUCCAGUGAGAGGGGCAGAGAUCUGCGCUACCUCACAAACCUGCACAAUAACGAAGCUGGCAGGAUGACUGUGUCAUCAGAGAUGCGUCAGGAAUGCAAGUGCCAUGGCAUGUCUGGCUCCUGCACAGUGCGCACCUGUUGGAUGCGCCUGCCCAGCUUCCGCACAGUGGGAGACUUUCUUAAGGACCGGUUUGAUGGCGCAUCCAGAGUUGUUUAUGCCAACAAGGGCAGCAACCGUGCCUCUCACCGAGCCGAUCCACGCCAUCUAGAGCCUGAAAACCCAGCUCACAAACCCCCUUCGUCUAUGGAUCUUGUCUAUUAUGAGAAAUCACCCAACUUCUGCUCCUACAAUGGCAAAACUGGCACUCUGGGAACAUCGGGGAGAACGUGCAACAGCUCUUCUCCGGGCCUGGAUGGCUGUGAGCUGCUAUGCUGCGGACGUGGGUUUAAGUCCCGGACUGAGAGCGUGACUGAACGCUGCCACUGCACAUUCCACUGGUGCUGUCAUGUCAGUUGUCUGAACUGCACCAGUACAAGGACGUUACAUCAGUGUCUAUGA